AAUGGAAAAAAUACUUUAAAUGUCAGGCAAGUGGUGGCCUUUAUUUUGAUGGUGGUCUUGUCCCAGGCUUGCCCUGAGCCUAUUCGUUAUUCUGUGAUAGAAGAAACAGAGAGUGGCUCCUUUAUAGCCCAUCUGGCCAAAGAUCUGGGCCUGGGAAUUAGGGAACUGACCGCUAGGUCAGCCCGGGUGGUGUCUGACGAUGACAAGCAGCGCUUGCAACUGGAUCGUCAGACUGGAGAUUUGCUUUUGAGGGAGAAAAUAGACCGGGAAGAACUAUGUGGCUCUGUUGAACCGUGUGUACUGCAUUUCCAAGUGUUGCUGGAAACGCCGGUGCAAUUUUUUGAAGGAGAAUUAUCAAUCCAGGACAUAAAUGACCACUCCCCAGUAUUCCCGACUGGGGAAAUGCUCUUGAAAAUACCGGAGAACAGCCAGCCAGGGACUCUGUUUCCGUUGAAAUUAGCUGAGGAUUUGGAUGUGGGUAGCAAUGGCCUUCAAAAGUACACUAUCAGCCCCAAUUCUUAUUUUCAUGUUCUAACUCGAAAUCAUAGUGAGGCCAAGAAAUACCCAGAUUUGGUGCAGGACAAAGCGCUGGAUCGAGAGGAGCAGCCUGCGUUCAGCUUAACCCUCAUAGCACUGGAUGGUGGAUCUCCACCUAAGUCUGGCACCAUCACAGUGCGAAUCCUGAUCACAGACGUCAAUGACAAUGCUCCAGAGUUUGUGCACACCCCAUAUGAAGUACAGGUUUUGGAAAACAGCUCCUUAGAUUCCCCAGUACUUAGUGUCUCAGCUAAAGAUAUAGAUUCUGGAAACUUCGGGAGUGUUUCCUACGGCUUUUUCCAAGCAUCAGAUGAAAUUAAACAAACUUUCUCAAUUAAUGAAGUCACAGGAGAAAUCCGACUGACAAAGAAAUUGGAUUUUGAACACAUUAAAUCUUACCACGUAGAAAUUGAGGCCAUAGAUGGCGGAGGCCUUUCUGGAAAAGGCACUGUAGUCAUACACGUGGUGGAUGUGAACGACAAUGCCCCUGAGCUUACAAUAUCUUCACUCACCAACUCCAUCCCAGAAAAUGCUCCUGAGACUGUAGUGUCUAUCUUCAGAAUUCGAGAUAGAGACUCUGGAGACAAUGGCAAGAUGAUUUGCUCUAUUCCAGAUAAUCUGCCGUUCCUUCUGAAACCGACUUUCAAGAAUUUCUACACGCUGGUAACGGAGAGUCCCCUCGACAGAGAGAGCAGAGCGGAAUACAACAUCACCAUCACCGUCACUGACUUGGGGACCCCCAGGCUGAAAACGCAGCACAACAUAACCGUGACGGUCUCCGACGUCAACGACAACGCCCCCGCCUUCAGCCAAACCACCUACACCCUGCGCGUCCGCGAGAACAACAGCCCCGCCCUGCACAUCGGCAGCGUGAGCGGCCACUUUCCGGGCCACCUGGUGGACGUCAGCGGCGCGGGGACGCUGUCCCAGAGCUACCAGUAUGACGUGUGUCUGACGGGAGACCCUAGGACUGAUAUUUCUUUAGAACUUCCACUACUUAAGAACUGGAGAAAUGAUCGGGCGCACUUCUGUGACUUAAAAGGACAUUGGUAUGACAACAGUUAUAAUUUGGAAUGA